AAUCCACUAGACCAUAACUGACAUUUGUUGUGGCAAGUCUAGACUCCUGACCUGCUUUAGAUAAGAAGUUGUUCCUUGCUAACGCCUUUUGGGCUUUCUUAUCUUUUUGAAGUCUUUAUUCUCCCCUUUCCUUUUGCUUGAGGCUGGUAGAACAUUUCUGUAAAAGGGAUAUAUUAAUGUGCAUGUGUUUCACAUGAUCUAAUGCACGAUGGCUUCUCAGUAUUCUCCUAAUCUCCGCUAUCGUUUGUUUGGGAUCAUAGUUUUUUUGGAAAUUCUUUUUUUCAUCCUAUAUAUUUUGUUUUUAGACAGAAAUCAGGCUGCCUUGGAAUACAGAAAAAUCUACCCAGCAUUUCAAGAUGUCAACGUCAUGGUGAUUUUUGGCUUUGGCUUCCUCCUGGCCUACUUGAAGAGGUACAGCUUUAGCAGCAUUGGAUUCAACAUCCUGGCAGCUGUGCUGGGGGUUCAGUGGACCAUGUUCCUGGAAAGAUUUUUAUUUCCAGACGAAAGAGAGAAGCAUCUGCCCAGCAUUUUAACAGCCUCCAUGAGUGUUGUCACUGUGUUAAUCUCGGCUGGAGCUGUGUUGGGCAAGGCCAACCCUUUUCAGUUGAUUUGCAUGGCGAUGGUGGAGGUGACUGCUUUCUGUGCUACCAGAUGGACCAACGUGUACAUCCUGGAGAUUGAGGAACAUGUAAGCCUGAUGCAUGUUCACAUAUUUGGGACCUUCUUUGGUUUGAUGGCCUCCUGGUGGCUCACUCAGCCUUCAUUGAGAAGAGAGACUGGAAAGGAGGGCUCUGAUGCAACUUCUGAUUUGUUUUCAAUGUUGGGCACACUCUUCCUUUGGAUGUUCUGGCCAAGCUUCAACUCUGUGCUCGUUGAUGGGGUGGUGAAAAAGAGGAACGCAAUCCACAACACCUACUAUGCUAUUGCAGUCAGUACUGUAAUUGCCUUUGCACUGUCUGCCUUGACCAACAAGAAUGGAAAACUCCAGAUGACCCACAUCCACGGUGCAACGCUGGCUGGUGGGGUUGCUCUUGGCUUCUCCGCUCACAUUAUUCAGAAUCCUUGGAUUGCAAUGGUUUUGGGUUUCCUUGCUGGUGUGAUCGCAGUACUGGGACCUUACUUUCUCAAGAUGUGUUUGAAUUCGGUAGUCAAGAUGCACGACAUCUGUGGCAUUCAUUGCAUGUUUGGGAUGCCUGGAUUGCUGGGAGCAAUAGCCUAUGUCAUCCUCUUCGUAAUAUACAACUGGAACAACUUGCCAGUUAAGGGUUAUCCAGCCUUGAUUGAAGUGGGUUCUCUGAGUAUCACUAUCCUUGUGGCCGUGAUAGUGGGCUUUAUUACAGGUAUCCUUUUAAAGCUGAAUAUAUGCAAGUCACCACCUGUAUCAAAGUACUUUGAUGACCAGGUAUACUGGGAGUUUCCCCACUUGGCUGAUGGAUUUUGAACAGAGGGACCCAAAUUACAUUAAGGUUAAACCAAGAUGAGGAAGCUUCCUGUUCUCCACAACAGAAAACUAAUGAACAUGUG